CAGCAGAUGCUAAAUUGUCUGGUUCACAGUGGUUUUUUCCUGCCUCCUUGACUGUUUUUUCCGGCCCAAGUAGGAUUUUCUUCAUCUUACACUUAGCAGUCACAUAACACACACAUCUACAAUGGCUCCCAUAGUGUUGCGGUUUUUCACAGAUUUCUUUGUCUAUGAAACAACCAAAUCAGUAGUGGUGAAGAGCUGGUCUGUUGGAAUCAUCAACCGCGUCGUCCAGCUGCUAAUUAUUCUGUACUUCAUCUGUUGGGUGUUUCUGCAUGAAAAGGCUUAUCAGGUUCGGGACACAGGAAUUGAGUCUGCGGUCAUGACUAAAGUGAAGGGCUUGGGCAGCUAUCCCAGUCGUGUGAUGGAUGUGGCAGACUAUGUAGCUCCACCACAGGGCUCUUCAGCGUUCUCCAUCAUCACCAAAUUGAUCGUCACAGACAAUCAGACGCAAGGACGAUGCCCUGAGACUGAUGAUACAUUUACAUGCACUACUGAUGAUGACUGUAUGAACAUAACUGGCUCCCAUUUAGGGAAUGGUAUUGUAACAGGCACCUGUUUAAUCAAUAAUUCCUCUAAUAUAACAAAUACUAAAGGACAGUGUGAAAUUCAAGGAUGGUGCCCUGCAGAAAACGAUCAAGUUAAUGUGUCUGUAAUGGAGGGAGUUGAGAACUUUACGAUCUUCAUCAAGAACAGCGUUCGCUUCCCUCUAUUUAAUGUCACCAGGGGCAAUUUCCCUUCCAGCAUAAACAAGUCGUACAUUACACACUGUAAUCAUGAUCCAAUACACCAUCCAUUCUGUCCAAUCUUUAAAGUGGGAGAUAUCCUGAAACUCAUGAAUCAAAAUCUCAGCAAAAUUGCCAGCAAAGGAGGAGAGAUUGGAAUUAACAUAGGCUGGAAGUGUGAUCUGGACCAUUCUGUGGACAUGUGCAACCCCCAAUACACCUUCACUCGCUUGGAUGCUGUGUUUGAGCAGAGCAGUGUCUCCAAAGGAUAUAACUUCAGGUUUGCUAAAUACUUCCAGUCGCCAGGUGGGACUGAGUAUCGAAAACUUCAUAAAGCCUAUGCCAUCCGCUUUGAGAUAAUCGUGUCUGGGAAUGCAGGAAAGUUUAGUGCUGUGCCAUUUCUGAUUAAUCUUGUGGCAGCGUUCACUUCAGUGGGACUGGCAUCGGUGUUCUGCGACAUCAUCCUUCUCAACUUCCUUCAAGGGGCAGAACAGUACAAAGCAAAGAAAUUUGAGGAGGUGCCACAUGUUCCAGUUCUUAAUGUUUAUCUGACUCUAGAUUACUCAUGUAUCAAGCGUUCAGACAGUCAGUGAAAAAAAGACUCUACCUGGGCAGCCAAAAGUCAACCAAAGCGAUGGGAAAGAACUUUGAUGACUCAGGGACCUUUUCUAUUGGACGCCAGGAGUGAGUGACACGAGACGUCAACCAUUGAGACAUCCAAAGUGCUUUACACAGUGAACAGGCUACUUCCUCAACCACCACCAGUGUGAAGCAUCCACCUGGAUAUUGCGACGGCAGCCAUAGUGCACCAGUACAAUCACCACACAGCAAC